UGAGUCGUUAUGUAUUAUUUAGAUACUUUUUAUAGCACACUUAGGCUUGUUGAUUGACACUCAGUUGACACACGACUCCUUAGUCGAAAAGUGUGCUUACAUUGUCUUUAAGCACACUUUUGCCGUUCCUUUAUCAGACUGCGAAUGAUAUGUCCAUAUGUAUAGAACGUCAUUGUUAUCGGGCAAUUUAUUGCGGCUGUUCAAACGCGCCAUUUUCUGUGACGUCGAAUCUUUAUAAAGAAUCUAUAUUGUACUACCAAACUUUUAUGUGUCGUCAGCGAAAAGAACAAUUUCACAUUCUGUCGAGGCUGCAAAUGGCAAAUUAUUAAUGUAGUAGCAGGUAUCAAUGCAGGCUUAUCUGUUAAUCUGUGGACUAUCGGUGACCAGGUCCAGCAUGACCAUCCGCCGUGCUGGCUGGCUCGACCGUCUGGUGGACUACCACCGGGAGACCUUUCUCAAAGACCUGCGGAGACUUCCGGUUGUUCAAAUAAAAGCGAAAAUCGCCAAAGCACCUCCAGGGUACGUGGACUCCACGGAGUGGGACUAUGAGUCCGUUGUGCAUCUCCUGGACCUGAUCCGAAAGGGCGAGGGUAUGGAGUCUGUGCGCACCUCCAUCAGAAGAGUCCUCCGCCCCAGCACACGGAGAAGGAUCACCGGACGACGCGGCGUCAUGAGGAAGCACGCGCGAGGCAGAUGGGACGAGAAACUUAAUUUGAGCUUCGAGGAGGAAGAGUAUGCAGUUGUGGAUCCAAUAACGGAGAAUGAAGUACUGAUAGUGAGCAACCCGGUGGAGGCUCGCCUUCCCAGCGCCAUGAUCAGCAUACAUUUGUUGAAAGAGAUCCUGGAGAACCGGUCCAAGGCGGCGCGGUAUAUGGCGACAACAAAACGUGUUUUCACUUGGAAAAUAAUGAACAAAACGCAGGCAUCAGUCUCUACCUCCGCUGGUACUACGUGUGACAGCACGGGCACAGAAGUGUACGUGAGCAGUACAGCGAAUGCGUCCGAAGGCGAGGCGACAUCUGGGGGCGGGGCGACAGGUGGGGGCGGGGCCACCGCUGCGGGUGCGGGCGGAACGGACGUGACCGGAGACAGCUCCACGGUGGCCGAGCCCACGUAGUGACGUACAGACAACACUUUAUACUUCUUUAAAUGUUAUAUGAUAUCCAAAUAUCAAGAAUAAUGAUAAAUACAUGAAAUUUUGUUAUUAAUCCACUUG